AUGGACACCGAUGAAAGCCUCAACACAUUAACAGAUCAAAACGGGACAACUUUUGAGAUUGUCAAAUCAACACAAGUCGGGCAGCCUGACACGUCUUUCAAAAACAGUCAUGAUUUCGGAUCAUAUCAAGUACAUAUUGAGGAUACUUCUUCAGGCGUUGGAGGCUUCAACACUAAAAUCUUUGAAAACUUGAAUCUGUUCAUGCACGCUCCUGUCACCGAACCAGUAAAUGUUGUCGGAGAACUCACUGCUAAGUCACCGCUCACACAGUUCUUUGAUGAUCUCCUCGUGGAAAAUAGGCUCUCGUCAAAUCAAAAGCUAGUUCUUGGUGAGGGCCCGAGUCCAUUGAGCAUUGAAACCGCACAAAGCAAUAUUUUCGAUGGACUGGUCGAGGUCUCGCGCACUGGUAAGGGGCUUUUAAACAUGUCGUAUGAGGAAGAGAAUAAGAUGUUGAAGCACUUUUUCAAGAAACUUCUACCGCUCCUAGAUGCGCAUCCACGGUCACCGUGGCCAGAUCUCGCGCUUCGCUACUGUGAUUUUGACGUAGCUCGGAGCUGCUUUAUUUCUCUUGCUUGUAUUCACAUAUACGAAAGCAGAGAAGGAGGGAAGGAAUACUACAAAAAGGGAAUCGAUCAUAUUCAUAGCACCAUGAAUCAUCUCAUUGAUUCCAUCUCUACUUCAGAUGCCACUUCUCAGUCAGAGGAUGGUGCUAACUCCAUCCACAUUCGUUCUUUUGUGAUCCUUGUGUUGGUCAACGUGCAUAUUUUGUUUGCAGUGCUAGAAAAAGGCAAAUCUUCGCUUGCACGUUACCUUCUCAAAGUGUUCGCCUCGCUUUGUAAUGGCCAAGACUUCUACGACUCGCUUAAAGACAACGAAAACAAGCUCAGCUUGGUGCUGGUACUCUCUUGGUAUGAUACCGUCAGCGCCAUUGUCUCGCCUGAUUGUCGUCUUCCCUUCUGUAGCCCCGAAUGGUAUGGGACUAUGAACGAUGACUUUUCCACCUUGAAAAUGAUGGGUUGUCCGGGUGAAAUCUUUAAGGCGAUGCUGGAGGUGUGCUAUUUGAGGCACGAAAUUCAUGAGGGAAGAAUGGACGAUGAUGAGCGGUUUGAGGCAGAGCUUGAUCGUGUAAAAUUACAAUUGAUGUGUUACAGGGAGUACAUCAAUUAUGAUUCCGACCAAAAUUACGUGCUACAGCUUAAAGGAGCUCAAUGCUGGUCACUAGCCGUCUAUGUGAGCGCACUCCGAUUGUUCAAGAAUGAGCAAAGACAAAAUGCGAUCUCGGCUGCGGUCAACGAGUUCAUAGAUAUCUAUGGAUCGAUACCUUCCCUUUCGCCUACGGUCACGCAGAUGGUGUGGCCAGUGUACGCAAUUGGCUGUGAAUGCGUCUCCAAAUCAGAGCGCGAGGCAUUGCACGGGUAUAUGGUAAAACUCUACGAGGUUGCACAAAUGGGAACGCUCUAUCUGUUACGAUGGAUCGUGGAACAAGUUUGGGAACGCGGCAUUACUCAAGAGGAGGUGCUCCAGGAAUGGCUAGAAGAUCGCGUCGAUUAUCUUCCACUUUGA